AUGGAUGACUUAAAGGACAUGGAGCCGUCUCCAGAGCUCACAAGGCUGUUUGUUCCCAGCGGUGAACCUUCGUCCAUCAUAUUAGCCGUACAGGUGACUUUGUUGAAGUGCGGAGGGAUUUGCCUAGGGACGGCCCUCCACCACGUUGCGGUGGAUGGUACAAGCGCCUGUCACUUCUUCCAAACAUGGUCGGCCAUCUGCAGGGACGGCGAUGGCGCUGCAGUGGAGCUCCCCUGCCACGACCGCGCCCUCCUCCGUGCACGGUGCCCGCCUUCCGUCCACCCCGACGCACUCUCAGUGUUCUGCCCUAAGAUGAGCUUCACCGAGCCAUCGGGACCUACUGCAAGCAAGGUCUUCGUCAUCUCCGCGGACCAGCUCACCUCCCUCAAGCGCCUCUGUGGCAGCGAAACCACGUUCUGUGCAGUGACCGCCCACGUGUGGCAGUGCACGUGUGUCGCGCGGCGGCUCCCGCCGGCAGCCGAGGCGCGCGUCUCCUUCUCGGCAAACAUCCGUCGCAGCAUGAGGCCUCCCCUCCCCAGCCGCUACUUCGGGAACGCGCUCGUCCCCGUGUUUGCCGCCGGUGCGGCGGGGGAGAUUGCAUCCGAAGCAUUGGAGUCCGUCGCCGGCCGGAUCAGGGGCGCCAUUAACCGGGUGGAUGACGAGCUGGUGCGGUCCGCGAUCGACUACCACGAGCUGUUCGAGAUCGACUACCGGCUGCAGAGGGGCAUCCUGCCGGAGACGGAGCUCCGGAUGGUUAGCUGGCUUGGGAUGCCGCUGUAUGACGCGGAUUUCGGGUGGGGGAGGCCAUGGAGGAUGUCACGGGCAGAAUCACUCCGCGGAGGGCACGUGCACCUCAUGAACCAUGGGCCGGCGCUAGAUAGUGGCAUCCGCGUUCUCGCUUGCUUGGAGGCUGCACAAAUGGAGGAGUUCGAGCGACUGCUUUAUGCAAAGCUCUAG